AUGAGGACCUUAAAUGGGCUGGGCAUCCUCGUGUGCUCCAUGGAUGGAUCCGUGGCAUUUUUGGAUUUCUCCCAGGAUGAGCGAUGUGAUCCACUCAGCGAGGAAGAGAAGAGCAAUAUCCAUCAAUCUACAUACGGGAAAAGCUUGGCUAUCAUGACCGAAGCACAUCUAUCCACUGCUAUUAUUGAGAAUCCGGAGAUGCUGAAGUACCAGCAGAGGCAGCAGCAGGUGGCAAAGAAGAACGAAGCAGUAAAAGACCCCGUUGGGUCAGCAGCAGCAGCAGCAACCGCUACUGCUGCUCCUAAGGUGGCCAGCAUGGUGAAUGGGGAGAGCCUGGAGGACAUUCGGAAGAAUCUCUUAAAGAAACAGGUAGAGACCCGGACAGCUGAUGGUCGGAGACGGAUCACGCCUCUUUGCAUAGCUCAGCUGGACACAGGAGAUUUUUCUACAGCUUUUUUCAACAGUAUUCCAAUAUCCGGAUCCUUAGCCGGCUCAAUGAUGUCAGCUUCCCAAACAAACCAGCUCAUGUCGUUAGAUUAUAAUGCAACCAAUUCCCUCGGCACCUCUAAGCCAGCCUUGGAGCCCACGGCGGUCAGUGCUAAACCCACCGAAGAUGCAGCCAACAAGGACAGUGUAAAUGCUACCUCCGCUUCCGCUGCCCCUCCUGCGUCCUCGCCCUCUGUCUUGACGGCCUCUUCCAAGAUAGAACCAAUGAAAGCGUUUGAUUCUAGAUUCACGGAGCGAUCCAAAGCCACCUCAGGGACUUCUGCCAUCGCGCACACAAAUCAGAUUGCCAUAGAGAGACUGAAGGAGCAGAACUCGAUUAGGGACACUAAACCCAGGGAUCUCCUAGAGAGCAGCAGCGACAGCGAGGAAAAAGUCCCGGCCAAGCCUAUGUCGCUGUCCAAGCGCAAGCUGGAACUGGAGGUAGAAAAGAAGAAGAAAGGCAGGCCUCGAAAGGACUCCAGGCUCAUGCCUGUCACGCUAACAGUUCAGUCUCCAGCCCUGUUGACUUCUGAGAAGGACGGUGCUUGCCACAGUGCACCCUUAGCACUUAAACUGCCAACUCCGGUCGCGCAGAAAAUGUUUACGCUACAAGUUAGCUCAGAUCCCUCCAUGUAUAUUGAAGUGGAGAAUGAAAUCACUACAGUGGGAGGCUCGAAACUUAGCAGGUUGAAGUGCAAUCGCGAAGGAAAGGAAUGGGAAACGGUCCUCACCAGCCGGAUUCUCUCCGCAGCAGGAAGCUGCGAAGUGGUGAGCGUGGCUUGCGAAAAGCGGACGCUCUCGGUCUUUUCGGCUUGCGGUCGCCGCCUGCUCCCUCCCAUCGUCUUGCAUUCGCCGAUCUCCACGUUGCACUGCACGGGUUUCUACAUCAUGGCUCUGACCACAGCGGCAACCCUUUCGGUGUGGAACGUUCAGAAGCGUUCGGUGGUGGUGAAAGACGAAUCCUUGCAGACCAUUUUGGCAGGAAGUGAAACCACUGUGUCUCAGAUCUUGUUGACACAACAUGGCAUCCCAGUAAUGAAUAUGUCUGAUGGGAAAGCUUACUGCUUUAGCCCUUCUCUGUCUUCCUGGAACCUUAUUUCCGACAAGCAGGAGACUCUGGCACAAUGUGCGGACUUUAGGAAUAGUUUACCCUCCCAGGAGGCUAUGCUGUGUUCGGGACCUUUAGCCAUAAUCCAAGGAAGAACAUCGAACUCCGGAAGGCAAGCGGCACGGCUGUUUUCCAUGCCUCACUUGAUCCAGCAGGAAACCACUCUGGCGUACUUGGAGAGCCAGGUGGCAGCUGCGCUGGCUUUACAGUCAAGCCACGAAUACCGUCACUGGCUCCUUAUCUAUGCACGGUAUUUAGUUAAUGAAGGGUUUGAAUAUCGAUUGAGGGAAUUAUGCAAGGAUUUAUUGGGUCCCGUCCAUUGCUCAGCUGGAAGCCAGUGGGAAUCGACGGUUGUGGGCUUACGAAAGCGGGAGCUCCUCAAGGAACUUCUUCCCGUCAUUGGCCAGAACCUUCGUUUCCAACGGCUUUUCACCGAAUACCAAGAGCAGCUAGAUAUCCUGAGAGACAAAUAACCCCAGACAUUCGUCUAGCCUUGUGGGGAAAAUAACGUGCAGAAAAGCAUUAAAGCAGAAGUGGGGGGAAAAGGGAAAGGGGGGCAUAGUCAGAACGGAACCCUCCUGGAACAGCAGGCAGCAGAAGACCUACGGCCGCGCUAUUUUAAUGAGCAAGAGACCGUUGUGUUUUGUUUUGUUUUGUUUUAAAAAGGUCACUAGAGAAAUGUAUGGAAGGAGAGAAACCGUGUGAAUCUCCCUCCAUGUGGACUUUUGAGUGUCACAUCAAUGGCCUUCAGCAGCCAUGGGCUUACGGAGAACGUCCUUCAGGGAUCCUUUUGAUUCCAGAUCUCACAGUGACAAUGAUCAAAGAGACUAUUUGGGAGCCACUUUGAUUUUGGAUAUCCCGUGAAAAGCACAGUACAAGAAGAUAAACCGAGCACCCUGUUUGGCUCUGUUUCAGGGCUCCUUGGUAAGGGUUUCUCGAAGCUCUGUCCUACAUUUCUGUUAUAUGCGGAGAAGCCCCACUAAAAAAGAAUUUCAUAGAAUAAAGAAUUAUGCAGCCAGCAGACUCUCUUAACUGUGAAUAACAAGACACGAAAACAGGCUGUUCUAUCACAUGGACUAUUUUUGUACUAGAAUUUGCUAACUUGUAAUAUAAAAAAAAAAUUUAUUUGGCCAAUAACCAGAAUUUCCCCCCCCCUUACCGAGUCGCCUGGUUGUACGGAACUUAACUUGUUAAUUAUGACAGCCGUGUGGCUGAAUACUUGUACCAAAAUUAAUGUCAUCUGGUUUUUAAUUUUUAACUAUUUGUAAAAGGCAUUUGUGGGGUGGGGAGUAGCUGAAAAGGGGAGGGAUGGGUUUGGGGGAUAUAAUUUUUUUUUUUUGAAAGUACAAAUAAUAAAUGAACCUUACAUUGAUCUGAGAACCAACAUGGAAGUUCUUGUGCUGCUUGUAGUAGCAUUAAACUGUACAGGCCACAGCCUGUUAAAACCAA